CCGUCAGUGAGAAGUUGGAGCUGGCAACAUCAACAACUCCAUCUUAGACGAGGUGCUUUCGGGCGCGCGUUGCGCCGUGCUGGCUGUUUUUUUUUUUGGUUGCUGUUCACUCUAUUCUUCUACUCGCUCUACUAUCCCUUCGAUUGCCAGAAGGUAUCGGAACGGUACAACAGCUGUUUGAAGUUUGAUCGAAAAAAGGUAAAAUUAAACACCCCAAAAACGGUGGAAAUGCAGUGAAUGAAAGGCUAGGCGGAAAAACCCACCGUCGAGUGUGUGUGUGUUAGUGCUCGAAUCUCGGGAAUUAUUGAAUCUGGAUGGAAUUUCGGGCAAAGUCGCGUGAAUGACACUGAAAUAAGUGAGCAAAAGUGAACGCAGUAGCAGUAGCAACCGAACAAAACCUCAAACAGCCUACUGCCAGCCGAAAAACACGAUGAGUACGAUGCGAAGUUUGAUCCUGUUCGCCUGCGCUGUCGUAGUGGUGUGGCCGGGAAGAACACACGCCCAAUCGAACUAUGCCUCGCAGGCCAACAGCAUCGAGUACCAGGGCGAAGGUCUGCCGGAAGAAGCCACCCUGGAUGGGAAGGUUACGAAACUGAACGAUCUGAGCCCAAUCAUCUUCCUGAAUCGAACGAAAGCGGCCCUCAACUGUGCCGCCGGCUUCAUGCAGGUGGAGCUGAAGUUUAACGAACCGUUCUACGGUAAGGCGUACGCCGAUUACGAUCGCAACAGCGCUUGUCAGACGAGUGGCAAGGGAGAUCUCAGCUAUCGGAUUGAUCUCCCGCUGAAGGGAUGCGGAACGAAGCAGGGUCCUCAACGGGUCUUCACCAACAACAUUGUGGUGCGGUUCCAUCCGGGUCUGGAGAUGGAUGGGGACGAGAUCAUCACCAUCGUGUGCCGAUAUCCUCCUCCGGUCGCUCCGAUUCCUGCUGGUCUUCCAGCUCCAAUCAUUAACGAAGCUGCCAUCAUUGAACCACCGUUGAAGGGUAUUCAGAUCCUGUUCAUCAUCUGCGCCAUCAUGUUCCUUACGUUGCUCCUGCUUGGUCUGGGCGUGUCCUACUACUGUCUGCGCCGUCGUCCGAUUCCGAUCGUACGUCGCGUGGUGCACGUUGGCAGCGGAUCCGAAAUUACUGCCCUCGAGAGCGGAAGCAUAGGAAGCGUAUCAGGAUUCAAGGUGGCGCGCCCGGUUGUGGCCGUUCCGCCUCCGAUUCAGAGCUCUUCCGGUAGCGAAGGUGCUCUGAUCCCGUCGGACUACCCGAGCGAGUCACAGUCGGAGAACGAGGAGGUCGAGACGGGUUCGUUGCCGGUGAGCUCGCGCGGUAGCAGCAGCGCGUACGAGAAUGGCGCCUAUGUGCACGAUGGUAUCAGUUUGGCUUCCGGCGAUCAUCAUAUGGCGUAUGGACAGACGCAUGAGCUGCAUCUGGCAAGUGCCGCGUUGCCACCUUCGCCCAAGUUCGAUAUCCAGGUCCGUGUGAAGCGAUCCCCACCGCCACCAUCCUCGCUGCCGUCGAUGAGUGGCUCUUCCAUGUCGGACACCGAGAGCAACAGCAGUACGCUGGUGAGCCAUGGCGGAGAUCGCAACAACCUGUCGACGAUUCUGGAGACCCAGGAAGACCGGGACAGCGUGAUGACGACGGAGUCGCUGGCUGCGGACGGUGCUCAGUCGCACUUCACCUACGUUCCGGAGCUGCACACGGUUCCGGCGCAUCUCGACUACCCGCCCAGUCCACCACCGAUGCCGCGCUAUAACACUACGGUAACGACCACGAGCACGAACCGACGCUGGCUGGAGGUACCGGACGGGCCGCGCGCCCACGACACACACUCGCUGACCGAGCUCGUGGACGCGUCGCACCUCUAUCAGCUAACCGGCACGCACGUCACUAGCCAUACUAACCGCGCCGAGGACGCGGUGCAGCAGCUGCCCGAGCCACCGAUCGCCGUUUACAAAAAGCCUGAACUCAAGUCUCACGUUGUAGAUGAUCUGUUCCUCACGACCGUCACCGAGCGCACCACCAUCGAGGACGUCGAGCGGCACAAGCGGCUGGUGACGGAGUACAAGGCACGGCCGGUGCCGGUACCCGCUCCGCCACCACCACCCGUAGACCCCACCUGGGACGUUACGAUUCGUAACUACGAGGCGCAGCGUCAGCGCCAGUGGGAAGACUUCUCCGAUGUGUCCAGUGCGUCCGGAGCGCCAUCGGUCGCUUCGGCCCACAUGCCAGUACCCUCGUCGACCUAUCUACCGAGUGCGUAUGCGGCUGAUGAGCUGCGAAGUCCCGAGCUGGUCGGUAACAUGAAGCCGGUGGACUUACCGCCGGAGGAUCGGUCCGUGUCGAACUGGGACGUGCUGAUUCGGGUGCUGCAGGAGGUGGACAUGCCGGACACAUCCAUCUCGACCGCUGCCCUGCACACGGAUCUGCACCGUUACCCGCUGCAGCGUCAGCUGAGCUACGACGACAAGUUGAAGUGGAAGGAGAUCAUCACGACUGAAUCGACACUGCGUACGAUGCUGUCGGAGGCCACUGUUCGAGAGGACUUCGAGCGGAUCCGUUCGGAUGCGCGUUACGAGAACCUGUUCGAGCCACGCUCCUGGGACGUCAUCAUACGCAUCCUGGCCCCACCGGAGGACGUUGAGUUGCGUCAGUCGAAGCGCAGCAAGAAGCGCGAGACCUGGGACACUCGAUCUCGUCGCAGCUCGCUGCCGACGCUGUAUGAGUACGAUAGUGACGGUGACUCUUCCGUGCGCACGAUCACUCAAGAGCCACAGCUGGUCGCUGCGACGAACCUUGGAUAUGCUGCUCACGCAGGCUCACUGGCAAGUGGUUCUCGUUCGCGCCGUACCUCACGCUCGUCGUACAACUCGAACAACAUCGACAUGCGCUCAAUGUCCGAGGUGAUCGUAGACUUUGGACGAAUGAGCGGAGGUCCGGUGCGAUCGGGAAGUGGUGGUGAACCGUCGGAAGAGGGUAGCUCGUACAUUGUGUCGCACAGCAAGGCCUACUUCGAUGAUGAUGACGAUGAGGAGGCACGCUACGAUCAGCGAUCCCUUCAGCGAUCACUAAGCCACCCAAGCUUGGCUCGCUCGGCUAGUGAGUUUACGGAGCGCUGGAUCAUCCCCGAGGACCAUCUUGAUCUUCGCGCCGACUCCGAAGCGAACAACUCGUCGGUGUACGGUUCGGGUACGAUGGAUAUGGACACGAGGACGACGUACAUCAAGCAGAGUCGCACUACGGUGAGUCGCGAACGGCGCGACAACUGGUAGAAAGGAGUGCGAGAGGAUACCUCCUCUUAUCUCACGUGCCAAGCCUCCGAUCGGUCGCUCGCUACCAACUGCUCGUGUGGAUGGUUCGUCUCCCAGCCCCCAUGACUACUGCCCACUAACACUAACACUACUGCGAUACUGGGAGGAACCGUCCCUAUACGUGUUUACCACUGCUGCUAAGCGAGCGGCCGGUCGAGCAAACCAAUGUGAAUCCCUGCCCAGAUGAAGGCGCUAUCGAGGCGAGCUCGACGAGAAAACACUACGGAACAACGCACCGACCCGAGCGAAGAUAUUAGGUGUCUCGUUGAGCUUGCGAUAGUAGACUUAAGCAUUAGACAUUAGAUCGGAACAUUGUUUUUACGCCCUGCAAGUGCUCGUUCGUGCAUCGAAGCCAGCAGCCACUAAGCUUAAGCGAACGUUUUACUCGAAUUACUAGCUAAUAACAGGACACGCCACGAACCGGGUGUCGUCUACGACUAAUAUACUUUAAUUUUAACCACACAUUCGAAUCGAAGCACUUGCAUACAGGAACAAACGGACGGUAUUGGCACGGUCCGGGGUGGCCGAAAGGACGAUACCUGUGAUAAUCGAAUGAAAUUCUUAAUGUCGCGCAACGUAGAUACUACCCGCACUCGGCAAUCGUAGCAGGAUAUUAGUCACAGCUGGUGUAGCACAACCGUUUAGGUAGCGCAUGGAAGGAAUCCGGCCGACAGACCGCUUUGCUCCAUGUACUAGGGUGGGGCAGUCCCGGUAAUAACGUAAGGGUGGAGGUUUUAAUGGGAAUUGAUUUUAUGCUUUUAUACGACACUACCGCAUUAGUAGAUAGAACAGUAGCCUGGAUGGACUCUACAGCUCACGCACAUGAAAUCCUCCACGUACAGAUUCGCUGAAUAAACUAACAAUCAUAUCUCACACGAAGUAAAGUGUGUCUUUUUUUUUA